AAUCUCUCGUCAAAUUGGCCGACGCCGAGGAAACGAGAAUCAGAAAUCGGAUGCAGAGAUUUGACGUAGAAAAUGGGGAAAUGGUGGAAAAUAGCGGUGGUGGUAGGGAUAGCGUUCAUUGCGAAGCAAGUCAGUAAGCAUUACGGAUGGGACAAAGACGCAGCUAUGGAAAUUAUGGGUGAAUGGUCGGAUCGAUUAGGGGUUUGGGCUAUUCCUGCUUAUAUCGGUUUGCACACCAUCACUCUCGCUCUCUGCCUCCCGUACGCCGUCUUCCUCGAGGCUGCUGCGUCGAUUCUCUUUGGUUUCUUUCCAGCUGUUCUCUGUGUCUUCUCCGCCAAGCUCCUUGGUGCUUCCCUCUCCUUCUGGCUCGGCAGGCUAGUCAUUGGGAGUUCAAGUUCAGCAAUGGAAUGGGUUCGAAGAAAUAAGUACUUCCAUCUGCUUUCGAGAGGAGUGGAACGUGAUGGUUGGAGAUUUGUCCUUCUUGCGCGCUUCUCACCCAUGCCCUCCUAUGUCAUAAACUAUGCUCUUGCUGCUACAAAAAUCGAGUUUGUGGUGGAUUUUCUUUUCCCAACAGUUAUUGGCUGCCUUCCAAUGAUCUUACAGAACACAUCCAUUGGCAGCCUUGCUGGUGCAGCUGUUGCCUCAGCAUCUGGUUCUCAGAAAUUUCAGGUUUGGUCUUACAUUUUCCCACUACUUGGGAUUGUAUCAAGCAUUCUUAUUUCAUUGAAGAUCAAAAAGUACUCAACUGAUUUGAAAUUAGAUGAAUCUUCUCCUGCUGAUCAUAAUGACAAAUCUGAUCAUGUUACUGAUUCAUCUCAAAGCCCGAAUCAUGGUAAAGGAAGCAAGGGCAUAAAGAAAACUCAAUGAACAAUAUAUUUAAACUAAAAGCUAUAUUUGUAGGCAAUGGUGCGAGUUCAGAUCCAUUACAUUAGCAAACUGAUAUCAAUCUUGUUUAGACCAAAUUCUAAUAAACUUUAGAGUUUGGUUUUCAUCUACGCCAAAUUUAUUAGAAAUUUAAGUGGUAUCUGUAUCAAGUUUAAGUAUGCACACUACUCCUACCUCAAAUUUGUUACAAAAGGAGACAGUAUAAUACUGAUAUCUGAGCACAUAGCAUAUGUAUGUCAGUGUACUUAAAUCAAACAUCUAUGAUGCGGAAGUCAGUUUUGAUUUCCAUGGCACUCGAUUCUUUUUAA